CUUUUGGUCUGGUCCCACCCCUUCGUCAGACCAGAGAGAUUUCGCGUUUUUCGCUUCCUCAUCCUUCGGGGAGCCACACCUUCGCUGAACACCCUUCCCCCAAACCCGCGCGCCCCGCAUGGCAUGGAAGCAACGGAGUACUUCGUCCCACCGGGAUGCGACUUCCUGGAUGCUGCUGGGGAGACCCCCACUGACGGCCUCGCGCAGCUCUUCUCCCUCGAAGCCGAUGCCGCGACGCCGGAGCAGCGCAGCCGUGCCGCGCGCGCGGCGGCGCUGCUCUUCUCGCUGGCGGAGCGUGCGCUGCUGACGGCGGAGAGGGUGGAAGAGCUGGAGAAAGCCCAGCACACGGCCGUUGAGGCCUGGCAUCUCUUCAUGGCGGAUGGGGACUUUCACUCGGCAGCUUGGUCCGCCCGCACGGUGAUUCAUGCGCUGCGUGCGAGGAGUUGCGCGUGCGGCGGAACGGGCGCCCGUUUCGCUGCCGCCGCCGUGGCGUUGGCGGAGGAGGAACUCCGUCGUGCGAGGCUGAGCGGCGAUGACUUUGGAGAGGCCUGCUUCUUGAUGUCCAUGGCUGAAUUGCACUGCGAUGCCAAGAACCUGGAUGAGGGCCUUCGUUGCGCCGAGGCAGCCUCUGCUGCCUUCCUGCGGUGUGGCGCGAUUCCGGCGACGGCCGCCGCGGGCAGGGUCUUGGUCGUGCUGGUGCUCGGGGAGUUGCAGGUGAGAAGGUAUCAAUUCCAUGAAGCGGAGGCAGCAGCCCAGCAGGCCCUGCGCCUCCUGGAUGCGAGCGAGGACGCCGGCGCGAGCGCGUGCCGCGCCCGUGCAGGGCUUCUGCUGGGCGUGGCGGGGCGGCUGCAGCAGAAACAUGCCGCAGUGAUUGCUUCCACCAAGGAAGCGAUUCCUUGGGCACAGGAAACCGGAGAUCUGCGGCUGCUGGCAGCCUUGAUGUAUUUGUUGGCCUCCAGCAGCCACAGCUUGGGCGGCCGCUUCCGCGCUGCGGCCGCAGCCGCGGGCGAAGCGCAGCGGCUGUGGGAGCAGAUGGAACUUCGUGCGAGUGGAUGGGCGCAGUGUGCGCUGAGCCUUCAGACGCAGGCUCUCUUAGCCGAGACGUCCCAUGAUGCAGCCAAGGAGGCCUUGCGGCAGCACAUGCGGACAGCACGGGGUCCAGGGCCUCGCGUGCUGCUGCGCGACGCCUGGGUGCAGUGCCUGAAGCGCUUGGAUGGACCUGGGGAUCGGGAGAAGGCCCACGCCAUCUCAGACAAGACUCUGGCAACGCUGCAGUCGACCUCAGAGCUGUCAUCGGCCUGGGAAGCAAGAGAAUUGGAGCUGAACCCUGGGUGGAAGACGAGGUGUGCCACUUGGUGCGACUCGGAUUCAGCCACUCUGUGCUACUCUGUGAUUGCAAGCAUUCAUGUGAAGUCCAACUCGUGGAAAAAGGUCGAAGAGGCCUGCAAGUGGGCUGAGCAAGCGAAGCAAAAACUGCACGGCUCCGGUGACAAGUACCUUGAGGCGGAUGCCAUCCCCUCCAUCGCCAAGUGCUACAUCCUCCUGGGCCGCCCCAGCGAUGCUGCCAGCGUCCUGUCCGAGCGCCGCCAGCUCUUUCGUGAACUGGGCGCACGAAGCCGCGAGGCAGAGGCCAUGCUUGAUUUGGCAGAUGCCCUCUGCAAAGAGCAGGUCUCCCGUGUGGACUCUCGUGCUCGGCGCUUCCUACGCGAUGCCUUCCAGAUCUGCCAAGAGGCCCUGAAUGCCUUCAGCGAUGUUGGUCAAGAGACAGGGAUGGCAAAGGCACACCUCUUGCUGGCAGAUAUAUACAUGCAUCGCCAGGAGCCCAGCGAAGCCGAGCACGAGGCGCGGCAAGCGGAGCAGCUCUACCGACGUGCAGGCGAGUCGAAGAAGGUGGCCAAGGCGGUGCGGAAGUUGGGCUUCGCCUGCUGCGAGCAGGACCGGCCCAGCGCUGCCGCGCGGUGUGCCAGCGAGGCGGUGGUCUUCUGCCGCAAGGCAGGGGAUCGCUACGCCACUGCGGAGAUGCUCAGCUGGGAAGCUCAGUGCCUUGGAUCGCAGCGAGUUCGCCUGCGUGCCGCGGCGUUCGCACUCAGGCAUUAGAAGGCGACAAGGAGAGAGUGGGCAUGAGAAGAAGAAUGCGAAGUGAGUGGGGAUGAUUGAAUGAACAUCCAAACAGAUGUUGAAAACAGAGUUGAACAUCUUGCUCUUUUUGUUUGAAGCAGAGACCGCAGAGACCUCCCAAAAGCUGCGCCAUUUUGUUGAUUGCGCCCGGAGACCUGGAUUUGUGGGUAUGCCGCCUAAAGUAGGGGAUCUCCAAACACACUUGGUUUAAAGUAACGUGUUUCUUGAGCCCUUCCCCUUUCAGACGAUAUGGGAUAUGGGUGUAUUGAAAUAGGGAGGCCUCCCAAAGAGACCUGGAAGAAGGGAAACAGACCAGUCAAACCAUUGGUCGGGAGUUUGAAGUGAAAACUGGCGCAGAUAUUUUUCCUGUCCCCAAUUGGCUCUCAGAUGCCUUGUUUGUCGACACUGUUGUUCAACCCUCUUGCGGGUCGACAGAUGUCCCGCUUUCUCUCCAUCGAACCAGCUCAGGGCUUCGAAGAUCGUUUUAGGCAUGACCUGUUUUUGACGUGCGUGCAGCAACGAACUCUCGCCAGAUGAGAGACUCGUGCAGUCUUUGGAAGCAGCUUGUUUCACGCCGCUUGUGGCAACGGGCAGAGUUUCGGCUUGAGAAGAGUGGCAUCGAAUUCUUAUCGCAGCUGGUCACCUUUUUGUGUGGAUGUUUACACGCCUAAGGCCACAAGGCCACCAACUUCCGUGAAAAUGGCCAUGCAGAAUCCAAUCGACAAGUGAACAUGCGUUUAGAUCUGUCAGAAACGGAGGACAUUUGUAAUGGACGCCGUUUCGUUCCAGCACAAGACAAUGGGUCAAGGGGUCCAGCGUGGUCAAAAGAUCCUUGGCUGGAAUUCCGUGGUCUCAGAGUGGCCGAUGUUUCAUGUGUCCACAGCCUAAGCAACUAGAUAUUUCCAGAAGCUUGUACUUUUCGAUGAGUUGAGCUUGACAUGGGCUGAAGUCUCCAGCCAUACAAGAGACUUUUUCGAUCUUUUUAGCCACCCGCGAUGAGCCCUUCUGACUGCCAUGUCGUCGCCACUCAUGGCUUGAAAUGGCUCAAGGCUGUCUACGCUGAUUCCAUGCGCCUUCAACAGCUGUCUCAAAGGUUCUCAAAGUCUUUCAUGGAAAGAAGCUGCGUAGCCAGUCGACAACUGGC